AUGGAUAUCAAUAAAAAUGAUGAAAUAUCACAUGAUAAUAAGGUGUCUUGUGUUUACACAUCAGUUGGAGUCAAUCAUUUCUCCGGUUGUAGUUCUAUCCUAGCAAUUAGUCCACCUUUGAAUCCAUCAAGAGUAUACAAUAUUCUAGCAUUUGGUUCAAGUCAUAUGAUAUGCUUAUCCAAGUUAUCUACUUCAAGUGUAAAUGAUGAAAUGAUGGCCGAAGUGAUGAUGAAUACAAAGGCAUGCAUGGAUAAAUUUUGUAUUUAUCAAACAUUAUUUGGUCAUACUUCUGAUGUAAGGUGUAUACGUUGGUUGAGCAGCUGUGAUCAUCAUUGUUCAAGCAUAUCAAAAAUUUAUUCGCAUUCAAUAUACUUUUUAAUGUCUGCUGAUAAUUGUGGUACAAUAAUUAUUUGGGCAUGCUCUACUAAUCAUUUAUUGCAUUCUGAUCAGUUGACCAGUAGUCAGUUCAUCGCGAUAAACAAAUUUCAAGUACCAAAAAAUUCAAGCAUAAAUGCCAUUGAUGGUUUCUUUUUUCCUGCAUCAAAUUCUUCAGUGCACAAUGAUCAGUCAUGUUGUGGCGUUUUAUUUUUAUCCGCUGCGUCUGAUACUUCAGUGUAUAAUUGGUGUGUUAAUAUUCCAGAGGAUAUACUCACAAAUAAUGCUGUAUUCUUACCUGUCAAAUCGAUCAAUCAUAUUACACGAAAUCCAUCGCUUUGUUUGUGUCUCAAAACUUUCUGUGUAAAAUAUAAUAUUACUACAACUAGUGGUGAUAAGAUGCACUGGCUUCGUUUUAUCGUUUUGGGACUUGACAAUGGACAGACAGAAAUAUGGUCAAUGGGUCUCUUUGAUUAUAAUGACGAUGAUGGUGAUGAUAAAGAAAGCGGUGGAAACUUCACACUGGGCGCCACCCUAUCGGGACAUCAAGAUUGGGUUAGAUGUAUGGAUGUUUGUAUUGAUGAAGCGCCAGUCAUUCCUGUUAUAUUAAUUGCUACAGGUGGUCAAGACAGUAUUGUUCGAUUAUGGCGUCUGUUUUCUAUGGUGAAUGAUACAAAUAAGGCAGUUUAUGAGCAUACAAAGGUCAUCAGUCUUCAACUUCCACAAAACUUCUCAGCUGACAAUCUCAACCUGUGCUUGACAUCUGAAAGUGUUCUAGCUAGUCAUGAAAAUUGGGUCACUGGUAUCUCUUGGUCGUCAACUACCACGGAUCGUUUGUUCCCUCCACAUCUACUUACAUGCAGUAUGGACAAAUCACUAAUUGUUUGGGAUCCUCCUAGUGAAAAUUCUAAGGAAUCAUCAUCACCAUCAUCAUCAUCAGAUGUAUGCAGUUUGUGGAAGGAAAAAGCUCGACUUGGACAUUUUGGUGAUACAGGAUUGAGUAUAAUGGAUUGUCACUGGUUACCUAGUGAUGGUAGCAAAAUAUUUGGACAUACUUUUCAAGGAAGUAUUUCUAUAUGGUGUAAAUCUGAAAAGGGCUUCUGGCUUCCAGCCUUACCUUUAACGGGACAUGUUGGACCUGUGGCAGAUUUAACUUGGAUGUCUUUACACGGUGAUGAGAAGAAUAAUGAUAGCAAUGACGCGUACACUUAUCUUCUCACAGCAGGUUUUGAUCAGACAGUGCGUUUACACGCAUGCCAGUCACAUGGCAGUAUUCCAGGAGAAUAUUGGUAUGAACUAGCCAGACCACAAAUUCAUGGUUAUGAUAUGAAUGCAAUUGCAAGCAUUUCACCAAUCUUAUAUGCAUCAGCCGGUGAUGAAAAAGUAGUUCGUGUAUUUAAAACUACCAAAGCAUUUUUAAAAUCUUUUAAACAAUUGUAUAAAUCUUCAACGGUUCGUCAGAAGUUGGAUGUUAUACUUGCUGAUAAUUCUGUACCUGCAGGUGCUGUACAACCACCACUUGGUCUUUCUAAUCAAAUUGUUAAUGCAACAUCGGAGAACACUAAUGGUUAUGGUGUUAACAAUGAAUACGAUGUAAACCAUAAUGAAUAUGUGAAUGAUGGAAAAGCUGAAAUCACCAAUGAAGACGAGUCUAUAUAUGAUGAAAUUCCUACGGAGGAUCGAUUACAGCAUGCAACUUUAUGGCCAGAAGUGAAAAAGUUGUAUGGUCAUCCUUAUGAAAUAUAUUCUUUGGCAGUUCACCCGCAUAGACUUCUAGUGGCCUCUGCGUGUUCAGCAUCAAAACCAGAGUAUGCUCAUGUCAUAUUAUGGAAUGGCAAUUCAAAUUGGUGCAUACAUCAGCGUUUACAACAUCAUCAGUUAACUGUAAGUCAGUUGGCCUGGAGUCAUGAUGGCACUCGACUUUUAGCUGUUUCCCGAGAUCGAACUUGGAGUUUAUGGUGUGAACAGGCUGUUAGUAUUAAUAGUAGCGGAGAUAUGAUGAAUCAUGUUCCAAAUUAUUAUUUAGCAGCAUAUCCUAUGAAAGGACAAAGUCACUCGAGAAUAAUUUGGACUUGCGCAUGGGGUCCGGAUGACAAAUACUUCUUCACUGGAUCUCGUGAUACAACAGUAUGUUGUUGGAGUGGCAGUGUUAAAACGCAAACGCAAACAGAUAAUGAUGGCAAUACACCCCCUGAAGUACUUCGUCGCUUAGAUACUUACAAAGAUUUUGGCCAUGCUGUUACAGCCUUGGAUGUUUGUGAGACUGUCACUCUGCAGGACGAAUCUAAUCAUCAUCAUCAUGCUAAUCAUUCGUAUUUAAUGGCUGUUGGUCUAGAAUCUGGUAGCAUAAUUCUUUUAAAGUUGAUUAAGUCACAAUCGUCAAGUGAACGUUUCUUCACAUGGUCAGUUGUGCUAAACUUUCCAACAAAUUGGUGUCAUGUUCCGGGUAAACGAUUGAGAAGAAUUUCAUUUUUACCAGAAAAGAAUAAUACUAAUGCGAGUAAAAAGAUUAACAAAUCAGUUAUACAUUUAUCUACAGCUGGUGAUGAUGGAUUGGUACGUGUUUUCAAAGUCAACCGGGCGUUGAUUUGA